AUGAACCCCUUCCGACCACCGUCUCAGGCAGGGGCAGCCUGGCACUUCGUCGGCCUCGCGUCCACAUUCCCCGACAUUGGCCAGGAUAACGACGACUGCCGGAUCUCCGCCCGCUGCAAAGCCUUCAAGAUCCCCACCACCGCCCACGAUCCCCCGGGCGCCGUCCAGGCAGACAUCGAUCUGCCGGGGGAUCUGAAGGAUCAAGUCCUCGUCUUCAGAUACAAGGGGAAGGUGCAUGCUGUGGAUCAUCGCGCGCGUGCGCUUGGACGCAGGCUGACCCCCGCCCAGCAAUGCCCUCACUCAUCGUUCCCGCUGUCGAAGGGGAGUCUCUUCGACAUUGAAGACUUUGGCGUCGUUCUUAGUGCGGGUAUCACGUGUUCCAAGCAUGACUGGUCCUUUGAUCUGUUUUCCGGCCAGGCGGACCGGGGCAGCUACAAGCUCAAGGUCUGGGAGGUGCAGCUGCGUGACCCUGCGACGACGACGACGACGACGACCGAGGAGGUUUCCGAGACUGUCGACAAGGAGGUCUGGGUGAGGCGGAAACAGCGGAUUGGCUAG